AUGGAGUCCUGUAAUUCGGCUAACCACGUGAAAGACUCGUUCCUGGCGGAGGAGUUCGAAUGGUUGCAAAAGUGGACUCACCUGAGCACUGAAAUAUUUGACAAUGAAGCGAAGAAGUGCGACACGCAGCAAUCCAAGUUGUUGCUGCACUUAGACUAUGUGCAGAAGCAGUCAAGGAACUACAGGCAACAAAAACAUGAACUGAUUUCCGAAAAUUUCUUCCUUAUCAAGGAAAUUAAUGUUCUGGGGGAUUUUGAAAAACAGAAGUCAGAUUUGCGGCUUUAUAUCUCACAGAAGGACCAACUAACCGUUGAACGCGAUGGUCUGCUGCUGCAAAUAGAAGAGGCGAAGGCAAAGUGUGCAAAUUUGCGUCAACAACUGGAGGAGCAAGGAAAAACGAUGCAGGAGAUGAACAACGCAUUUCAGAGUGAACUAUCGGAAUGUGAGAUUCACCGCACGGAGGCGCUCGAUGCCCUGGAGCGUGAAGACGAAAAACAUUUACGCGAAAUGGAUAGGCUGGAACAAAAUCUACAAAACAAAUAUUCGGAGCUGAAUACUUGCACUAUAUGUAAGCGCCCCUGGGAUUCUGUUGGGGUGCAUCGAUUGGUUUCGCUGCGCUGUGGCCAUGUCUUUGGCGACGCGUGCAUUCGGGAGCAUCUGCGCUAUCGUAACUUCUGUUCAGUCUGUAACAGGAAUGCAUCUUUUGAAGAGCUUCGCUAUAUUUAUGGCCGCAACGUCUUGCCAUUUGAAACUUAA